AUGCCAAUUUUGGCACUAGAGCAAUGCACUGCCUUUCACCUUGUUCGUUCAAAUCCUAAUCAGUUAGCCCCUCGGCCGGCGGGUAAAUGCGGUCGAACUCUCGGGCAACUCUUUGGUAGUACAUAUUACGUCUGCGACAGCAAAAUUGGCAGACGUUUCUUGGUUGACGCUGGUGCUCAACUGAGUGUCAUCCCUCCUUCACCAGCCGUCUGUCGUUGCCCCAAUCGUGGAUUUGUCCUGCCAGCUGCAAACUGCUGCCCUACCACUGCUUUUGGACUUCGUUGUCCUUCCCUUGAUAUUGGUCCCAGCCGACUCUUUCCUUCCAUAUUCAUGGUUGCUGAUGUUCCGACCGCUCUCCUGGGCGCAGACUUUUGA